AUGGAAGAAAAUGAGCACGGCAACAGGGAUGCGGCGGACGAGUCCAACAGAGCCAUACUGCCGCUGCUGCACGCACCGGGCAACCAGCAGGUCCCGCACAGGAUCACCAACUUCUUCAUCGACAACAUUCUACGACCGGAUUUCGGCCGUAAAAAAGAAGCAGCUCCAAACCAUGAAGAAAGUGCGUCACGAGAGAGCAACAACAGCCCUGCUGCCCCUCAGACCGAGCCCGUGGGCAGCACGGUACCGGCAGAGGGGACGUCCACUCCACACGCUGCAAAGAAACCUGCCACACCCGCCGAGGAGCCACUGAAGUCCCGCGGGGAGAGCGGCGAUCAGUGCCUAAGCUCAGACUCUGACAGUUCGCAGGCCAGCUCCAACCCGGCAGCAGCUAAGCCCAUGCUGUGGCCCGCCUGGGUGUACUGCACCCGCUACUCGGACAGGCCUUCUUCAGGGCCAAGAUCUCGCAAACCAAAGAAGAAAUCAACCAGCAAAGAAGACAAGCGACCACGAACGGCCUUCACAGCAGAGCAGCUGCAAAGACUCAAAACGGAGUUUCAGACAAAUCGCUAUCUGACUGAGCAGAGGCGGCAGAACCUGGCACAAGAGCUGGGCCUCAACGAGUCCCAGAUCAAGAUCUGGUUCCAAAACAAGAGGGCCAAAAUCAAGAAGGCCAGCGGCACUAAAAACUCACUGGCCUUACACCUGAUGGCACAGGGACUGUACAAUCAUGCCACUGUCACGAAGGACGAAAAAUCAGACAGCGAUUGA